CCUGUUUGUUCUCAUAGUAUAGUGCGAUUGCAGAGCCAGGCGUGUUUUUCUGCUUCCACAACUUAUGGCCAGUAAUUUUCUUUUACUGAGGGAAAUAAGGGAUUUACCUCGUUACAAUUAGUUAUUUACACCUUGACGAUGCCUCUUAUGCGUUUGCAAGUAUGUGCUUCCCUCAGUACGUUGUAUAACGUGGGAAUUCAUAACAGCCUCCGGGUAUUGCUUGUUAAAAGCUACAGUGUAUACCCACCGACGUUUAUCAAACCCGUGUAUCAUCCAGAAGAGAUAAAGAAACUUAGUGCGGAAGAGUUUCGAGUGCGUUUACACAAAAAUGUCAGAGCUGCAGAAUCUAAUCAGAAUGCCUCUGUUUUCCAUGAUCCCCUUUAUGAAAAAUUAGUUAAUCAUGUAAUGAAAGGUGGCAAAAAGUUGUUGGCACGGCAGAUUAUAGAAGAGGCCUUUUUAAAGGUGAAAAGUACCCAGGUGAGAAAAUAUCACCUUGCCAAGGAUGAAGAAAAUCGAAAAAACAUUUUAACGGACCCUCGGGAGAUUUUUCAUAAAGCUUUACAAAAUUGUAAACCAGUCUUAGAUGUUACCCCUGUCAAGCGAGGAGGUGUUGUGUACAAGGUUCCAGUUGCCAUAAAUGACCGCAGAGCUACUUCCUUAGCAUUUAAGUGGUUAGUUGCAACUUCAAGGGAGCAUGAACCUAGACGACAACACACUGGAGAAUAUUUCUCUGAUAGACUAGCAAAAGAAUUGUUGGAUGCAUCAGAGAAUACAGGCAAGACAGUAAAAAAGAAGAUUGAACUUCAUAAACUCUGUGAAGCUAACAAGGCUUAUGCUCAUUACCGAUGGACAUAGUUCUCCUUCUUGUGCUAAAUGAAGUUGAAUUUGUUUUGUAAGUAAGCAUUAUUAUUAUGAUUAAAUAAAUUUAUUAUUGUCAAUGUGAAAA